CGAGCCCCCUCCUCCGCGGUGCGUCUGUGAACCUGCGUUGCUUUGACUUGCACACUGUGCCCUUCGCUCAUUACUAGCAUCCUGCAUCCGCCGCGGCGUUGCAUUCCACUCGUUCGGUACAUGUUUUGCGACUGUUGAAUCUCCCCCAGCGCGUGGACCGCCGCCACUCGAAACGCACCCGCUGCAAGCACCGUCUGCAACCUCCGACAGCCAACCCUCCGCGCCAAUUCCUGCACUAAACAGGCACCGAAAACACUGCGACGUACCACGACAGAGCUGCGGCCCGAUCGCUCUCCCAGCCAACCUCUGCACCCUAGACGGUCCCUGCAGAUGUCACCAGGUUGAAAGCGACCAAAAAACAUACCAUGGACCUCGCGCGGGAAUCAGGUGCCCCUGAGGGCCAGGAAGUCGCCAGGCGCGCCCCAAGAAUCCACAUCGAUAGCGAGCGCCUGCCGACUGACUCCAUGGUCACCGUCCCGCUGUCUGAGACCGACGGUGUACCCGCCGCCGAGGACGAAGUUGUUUCGCCAGCGCUGCAGCACCCCGACAUCACCGUCCAAGAGGAAAAGAGGCUUUCGUCGCGUCCGAGCUCUGCUGAGAUCAUGGAAGCUUUCGGUCGACGCGGCAGUCGCGACAGGGACAGCAGCCCGGCAGUCGCCAGUCCCACCAUCUCCCUUUCCGACGAACAUGUCCCCAAAACACCAACAUCCGCCGAACGCUCGCGGAGCAACAGCAACGGCUCUGACCAGAGUGCCCAAGUAGACUGGGCCGAGCUGGAGAAGAAGGAGGAACAGGAGCCGCAGGAGGAGGGCCAGGACGAGGCAAUGGCGCUCCUCCUCGCGCGUCUGGAGCAGGAGAACAAUGCACUCAUGGCUGAUUCAAAGGCUACCAACAUCAAGGUGUCCCGUGCGCGCUCCCAGUCUCGACCGCCCUCGAUGCACCAACUGAAAAAGCUCGUGGAAGAAGGCGCUGCAGACAUGCGCGCUUCUCAAUUACCCUCCCCUCCGCCCAUGACCGAGCUCGAGUUCUGGGCUGCCCUCGUUCGAGACUACCCACAAACGGUCCAACGGCUGCCCACCCUGACGCUCAACAAGAUUCGCAGUGGCAUCCCAGCGCCACUGCGCGGAGUCGUGUGGCAGAGCGCAUCUGGAGCACGGGCAAAGAUGAUCGAGGACCAGUACGACCAGCUGUGCGGGGAGUCAAGUCCAUAUGAGAACAUCAUCAACAAGGACCUGGGUAGAAGUUUCCCCGGAGUAGACAUGUUCAAGGACCCUGACGGUGAAGGUCAGAAGAUGCUUGGCCGCGUACUCAAGUGCUUCAGUCUCUACGACGACAAGAUUGGCUACUGCCAGGGUCUGGGCUUCCUGGUCGGUCCGCUCUUGAUGCAGAUGGGCGAUAAGGAAGCCUUCUGCGUGCUUGUGCGGCUUAUGGAAGACUACGAUCUGCGUGCAUGCUUCCUCCCGGACCUCUCGGGGCUGCACCUUCGCAUAUUUCAGUUUCAGCGCCUACUGCAACAUCACAUGCCCCAACUCGCAGCGCAUCUCGACGAACUGGGUGUAGAAACGGCUUACGCGUCGUCAUGGUUUCUAUCAUUCUUUGCAACCACAUGUCCGCUUCCGAUGCUCUUCCGCGUCUACGAUGUUCUGUUUGCCGAGGGCGCAUCAGAGACUAUCAUGCGUGUGGCGCUUGCGCUUAUGAGGAGAAACGAGAAAAGGCUUCUCGCUCUGACCGAGUUUGAAGACGUCAUGCAACUGCUCCUGAGCAGGGCGAUGUGGGACCCUUACGGGCGCAAUGCACGGUCUGCUGAUGACCUCGUGAGAGAUCUCGUUAGCUUCACAGAAGACGUCACUCGAGAGAAGCUGCAGGGUUUGGAGGCGAUAUACAAGGAAGAGCAGGAUGCUGUCGAGAAGACUAAAGUGCAAAAGUCCGCGACCUCUUUCCUUGGACGGUUAUGGGGUGGAUCGAACUCGACCAAGUCGGUUGCUCUCAGCCCCGGUCUUACCGCGCCGUCACGACCGCUCAGUUUCCUGCGAAGGACGCCCUCCACACAAAGCCUUGCAUCCACCCUAAAGUCUGUAGAUGGAUCGGAGUCGUCUACGAAUACCCAAAGCACCGCGUUGACGGACAUCUCGCGAGCGUCUGAAGUCCCGUCUAUCAAGGUUGGCCAUGAGUCGAGAGCCAUGUCUGUCAAAACAGGUCAUUCGUCUAAUGAUCGGGACCAGCGGGACCUGCACUAUCAAAUUGAGCAGCUAUUGAUGUCCGUUAGUCAGCUGCAACGCUCCAACAGCGAACUUGAGGCUGCUCUCCAGAAACAACGAGAAGAACGAAAGGAAGACCACCGCAUUGUCCGUGCGGUCCUUGAUAAGAUGCGGUCUAAGCCGUCAUCUCUUACCGCACCAUCAGAUCGGGCAUCUCGCCGCAGAACUACCAUCACAGCUGCAACCCUAGUCCCAACGGUCGAUGAGGAGCCGCAGGAGUUGGACGAGGCUGCCAAGACUCUGGAUGAACGAUUCCCAACGCAUCAGACACAUCACCGCGCGUCCUCGAUGUUUGAGACCAAACAGGUUCUGCGCGACAACCUCGCUCGCACUAAAGAGCAGUUGACUUCAGAGUCACUACGAGCCCAGGCUGUGACAAGGGAAUUGAACGAUGUGCAAGCUGACCUCAACAUCUCGCGAGAGGCCCUGAAAGAGACGCGUCAUCGUCUACAAGAUUCUUACAACCAAAACCAGAAGCUGGAAAAGACGAUCAUGGAGUUACGACAGAAUGCUCGGAAGGGGUCGGUACCAUUUUCGGACGCGACACCAGACUCAACACCGUCUCUGUCCAGGUCGAAUACGACCGAUAGCAUGGCGUCUACAAGAGGAGGUCUUCGCGAGUUCCGACUUGGUCGAUCGGACUCGACAAAGUCUGUCAAGGGGCCAAUGACGUUUGCAAAGCGCGCUUCGUCCCUUGCUACCCAACAAGUGCUCACCACUACGGAGAACCAAGCUCCUGCCGACAACGAGGCGCUGCUACUCGAGCUCGUCAACGCCAAAACAGCGGAAGCAGUCGCAAAGCAGGAAUUAGAAGAGAUGAGGAACAAAUUCGAAAAUAUGAAGAAAGCGAUGAACGUCCAGACACCACCGGCAGCAAAAUCAACGCCUACUACACCCGCAGCGACACCUGCGCCUGCGCCUGCUCCUGCGGCGACUACAGGCGGCGGAUGGGGCUGGGGUGGAUGGAAGCGGACGCCCAGCACGACCAACGCGACGAUACCAAAGUAAUAACACAUGACCGUCCUCGAGUGUUGGACGUCGACCAUGCAUGGAUUUGGCUGUAUAUACAGAGCACGCGCAAGGGUUGGCACGGUGAUUGAUUUGUACAUGACGCAGGAAAAGCGCGUGGCAGAUGACGAUUUUUUGGGAGCUUUAUGCAUGUUGCUUUUUUACAGGAUGAUACCUCCUGCCAAGAGCAGGCUUCGAUGAAGGAAUUGUUUAAUUGUAGCGUUUUCGAAAUGAUAGUC